CCGGACCUGGGCCCUCGCCCGCUCACCGAUCUCCUGGCCGAGCUGCUCCGUCGGACGCUGCCGUCGGCCCUCUUGCAGAUCCCACCUACCCGUCACCGCACGCACUUCCCCGUUGUGAUCGAUGAGGGGCUCCACGGCUCUCAUGGCGGCGCUGCUGCUGCUGCUGGUGUCGCUGGCGGCGGCCGACAUCCCCAUACCGGCGGCGGAUAUCCUCAUGCCGCACAGGGAAAAGAGCGAGGAGGAGAUGCGGCUGAUCUUCGUGGAGUGGAAGGCUAAGAUGGGGAAGACCUACAGCUCUGCCGGCGAGGAGGAGCGCCGUUACGCGACGUUCAAGGACUCGCUGCGCCGAAUCGACCAGCAUAACGCCGCCGGGAUCCACUCGUACCGCCUGGGGCUCAACAAUUUCUCCGAUCUCACCCAGGAGGAGUUCAGCGCUACUCCCUGCCUAGUUAUUCAGUCAGUUCACGACAAGGACAAGGCAGCGUGGAGGUUGAUUAUAUACAUGCUGUUUGUUUGUGGUUUCUUCAUUGUUUAUUUCAUUUGGACCAACUGGCUGGCCUCUGGGUGGGGAAGACUCUUUGUGCUUCAACGUAAGUCCUUGCUGAACUAAAUUUUUAUUGCAAUAGUUUCAGUAUCCAGCAGGUUACAGUUUCCAGCACGUAUGUCAACCAAUCGAUUGGGUUUGUAAUGGACUAGCUUCAUACUAUGUACAAGAACCAUGUGCCUGCUAUCAUGAUUCAUGAGUGGUGGUAUACUGAUAUAGAUAAACAAGUUCAAGGACA